AGAAUGAGCGCGUCUAUAGCGUAGUGACUGCUGCCAACCAUCGUAGGAGCCAACCUGGGUUCGCGUGUAAUGCACCACUAAAACGCGUCAAUCCGUUUCUGAUUCAAGAGACAAUGAUCAGGAAACCCAAGGCCGUUCAUAUUGCCCUUCUAUUACUCACCCUAUUAUCCUGCUUGGUUUACUUCCAACGAACAAGCAGGUUCUUUUCGAGCCAGUCCACCACCGUCAAUUCAUCAUUCCUGGCCAUCGAAAAUGCUCUUUCCAGUGCGAUUCCUGAUUAUCUACCCUCACCAACUAGCAAGAAAGACCACUUGAUUCACGAGAUGCAACAGUCUCUCCUUUGUGGACUUGAAACUAGAGAGCCAAUGAGAGGCAAAACAGCCGAAAACGUACGCCAGUUCAGAGGUUCCGUGUCUUCGUCGCCGUUGAACGCCUGUGACUUCACUUCGCUUACUAUUGAAGAUCUCUGCAAACUGCAUAGCGCCAAAGAAAUCACCUUCGUCGGUCCAGAACUCACGUACCAUCUCCAUCUCUUGUGGCUUCACGCUUUGUCGUCUCACGAACACAGACCUCAUCCUUGCAGAGGCCAAGAAUUCUGUACUUUUCAUCAGAUAUGCCAGGCGCCCUUCAACGAAACCAGCGGAAUCGAGGAAGCCAUCGACAGUCGGAACCAGCGCUUCCAGAAGGCACCCAGUAGCCGCGAGUUGUUUGAGUCGGGCUCCUCAGUUGUGCGAUAUAUCAUGUCGACCUCGCUCUAUCUCUCUGAGAACAAAAACGACCCGCGAUACACGCUACCCUACGUCAAUCCUCUUACUGGAGUUCGAGUCCGCGACACGUUCUGGUUCUAUCAGGCUCGGAAAGCUGAUGUUAUCCUGAUGAACCGCGGACCUAGCCCUGCACCUGCUUGGACAUACGAUGGAACUCAUCACGGCAACUGGACAUUCAUCGAUUGUCUUCAUUUGAAUGGAUCUGCUGCUGUCAACUUCACACCUCGUCUAGACGUCCGUAUUCGAAUUCUGAAUGCCGCUCUCCAUGUCACCCUCACCCAAUUUCUACCGGAACUGCAUCGUACGCUCAAGACUAUUCGCGCCAACCAUGAGAUCCAGCAAAGGCGUAAUCUCUGGAUUUGGCAUGGGAGCGUGCAGUGCAAUAGCGACAUUUCGACAAGCGAUCCUUGGUCUUUAUACUAUGAGGCUCAAGUAUAUAUGCACAAUUACAUUCUCCCCAAGAUCCUUCCUCACUACGGUAUCCUGUUCCUCCCUUUGCCGAGCGUGGACUCUGUGGAAUGUUGGAGGCUCAGUCCAGAUACACCUCUGGGAGACUCUGUUGAGCGUGACUUUUUCAGCCGUUUGGGCCACAUUUUUCGUAUGAGAUGACGCGAAGCGACGAAUC